AUGGUGUUUAAAUCUGAAGAAGAGUUACUUUCUUACUAUAAAAGAUAUGAGCAACAAUGCGGUUUUGGGAUAAUGACACAAAUGAGUCAUAGAUUUGAGGAUGAGAGUGUUACAUAUGUCACAUUGGGUUGUGCCCGUGGUGGGAAGGCACGGAACUGUAUUUCAAAUGUUGCGAGACCACGUCCGACAUCAAAGAUAGAUGUCGGACGUAUCUUUGAUGUCGAACGUGGUCGAGUAGAAGUGAGCGAGUCUAUUAAGAGGGCGUUAGAUAUAAAUGAUCAGGCUGGGAUUAGAAUGAACAAGAGUUUCGCCUCUCUUGUUCAAGAAGCGGGUGGGUUUGAAAACCUGUCUUUCAAUAAAAAAGAUUAUCGUAAUUAUAUUAACAAGGCACACCACUUUCGACUUGGGAAAUGUGGCGCUGGAGCCUUCCGUGAGUACUUUGCUCGGAUGCAAUACAAGAAUGACAGAUUCUUUUCACUAAUAGAUAUGGAUGAUGACGGGCAGUUAAGGAAUGUAUUCUGGGCAGAUGCACAAAGUAGGGCAGCCUACAAAUAUUUUGGUGAUGUCGUCACAUUUGACACGACAUAUUUGACAAACAGAUAUGGGAUGUCGUUUGCACCAUUUGUUGGUGUAAACCACCAUGACCAGUCAAUUUUGUUGGGGCCAGGAUUAAUUUCUAGUGAGGAUACAGAAAUGUUUACAUGGUUGUUUCAUACUUGGUUGAACUAUAUGGAUGUUGAAGCUCCCAAGGAUAUUAUCAUAGAUCAAGAUAGAGUCAUGAAAAAUGAAAUAAGUUUCGUCUUUCCAAAUAGCCAACACAGAUUUUGCUUAUGGCACAUAUUGAAAAAUUUGCCUGAGAAGCUAGGUUCACAUGGUGCAUACAAAACCAAGUUGAAAAGUCAUUUGCUAAAUUAUGUAUAUGACUCUAACACAAUAGAGAAGUUUGAGAUGUCUUGGGAAGUGUUAAUUACAAAGUACAACUUGCAAGAGAAUGCUUGGUUGAAGAGUUUAUACGAUGAACGUACAUAUUGGGCAACAGUGUUCAUGAAAUAA